AUGUGGGCAGAGGAGGAAGGGCUCAGUGUUCCAGGCUUGGGAAUGACUGAGAUGUGUGACAUCAGUCAGAACCAGGGUAACCCAGGUGACAACAGUGGGACAACAGCGGUUUCAAGGAGGGAACUGCAGGACAAUCGAGUCAGCUUGUCUCUGCAGGGCACCCCAGAGCCAAGUGUCAGAAGAAAGCCCAUCAAGGUCCAGACCUUUAUUCCCAGCCUGAUGUCACAGGCAUUGAAAUUGACCAAACUCCAGGCAGAGACCAAAUGUAACAUCUGUCUGGAUGGCCUGCAAGACCCAGUCCCCACAGAAUGUGACCACAACUUCUGUCAAUCCUGCCUCAAAUCCUUCUGUGCAGAUCCACAGGGCGGGUUCUCCUGUGUUGUCUGUCGACAGUCAUGUCAAGUGAAGAAUCUCACAUCCAAUGUCCAGGUUGGGAGCAUGGUUGAAAUGGCCCAGCAGCACCAAAGCGAGACGAACAGGAACAACAGUCAGGAGACCAGUGCUAGCUGUGAGCAGCACAACCAGAUCCUGACCUUCUUCUGUGAGGAUGACUUGCAGCUGCUGUGUGACCAGUGCAUCGGGCCUGGGAGCCACAACGGCCAUCAGGUGACCCCCAUUGCAGAGGCUGCCUCUCAGAACAGCGAAAAGUUUUAUGGUUUUAUUAAGUCUAUCAAGAGGAAGAUAAAAGAGAUUCAAGACUUAAAAGACCUUCAAAGUGAAAGAAUCAGGGCCUUGAGAAAGAACACGGAAGCCCAGAAGCAAGAACUGACUUCGGAAUUUGAGAGACUAAGCCGGUUUUUAGAUGGAGAACAGCAGAAAGCUUUCUCCAGGCUAAAGGACAAGGAGAAGGAUCUCAAGCAGAAACUGAGUGAAAACAUAGCAGCUUUAGAACACUUUAUUCCCACAGCCAACAGUUUGAGGAGCGAUGCGGAGAAGAACAGACAGCUCUCAGAUCUAGAAAUGCUGUCGACAGUCAAGGAUUUCUACCAGAAACUUGUGAGUCUUCCUCCCCCAGCCAUUUUCCCAGCUCAUAUAAGAAGAGAAGCCUACAACUUUCCUCCUCAGUAUUCAGCUCUACAGAAACUGAUACAGCGAUUUACAGUUCAGGUAACUCUAGACCCAGAAACAGCCCAUUUAAACCUGCUUGUGUCUGAGGAUAAAAAAUGUGUCACAUUGUUAAAGAAAAAACAAGGUCUUCCACGUUCUUCAAAAAGGUUUAUCAGGAGUCGUGUUGUGUUGGGGAUUCCAAAUUUUAAUUCGGGGAGACAUUACUGGGAGGUAGAGGUGGGAAAGAAGUCUGAGUGGGCUAUUGGUAUCUGCAAAGCCAAUCUGUCCCCUGGGGCAAGGCGGUCCUCCUCUGCCCCUGAGAAAUGCUGGAGGAUCCUCUGGCAGGGUGACUGCUUUGUGGUCUCAGGACCUGCUGACCCAAACUCUAAGCUGAAGGUCACAAUACCCAGAAACAUUGGUGUUUUCCUGGACUAUGAGCUGGGAGAGGUCUCCUUCUAUAGCAUGCCUGAGACAUCUCACAUCUAUACUUUCAGAGACACUUUCACUGAGCCUGUUUGCCCUUAUUUCUACCUGAGACUUCAUUCAGAACCUCUUAGGCUGUGUUCUGCCUCAGAUGGUGGGCGAAAACCCACAGGUGGUCUUAACUCUGACAUUUAGUUCAGGCUCCAUACUCCCUUGUUCCCAUCCCAGGUGAUCCCCAAGGUUG